AUUUAUAAUUGUAUUUGUAAUUGAAGAAGAAGCAGCUCCAACAGCAGGAAGACAGACUCGAGACUCGCGCACCGCACCGCCAAGCCAUUCGACGUCCGUGGAGCGCUCAGCUUAAGCUAUUGCAAAACAUUAAAGAUCGGAACAGUAUUGACGGUUUUUCAGCUUUCCCACAGCGGAAAAACAGGGAAUAGGUCGCCGCGGUUAGCGUCGCGUCGCGUCGGUGUGCGUGCGUGUGUGUAGAGUGUGACCCACUCCAAAUCAAAAUUAACAGUUUUUUUUCGAGUUUACCGCGUAAAACUUCUUCCUGCGAAGUUUGAAAAGUCCACAACAUCUCCGCAUAUAUUUUUUAAUCGCAAAUGACUCGCGACUUCCAUAAAAUUCUCCAUAAAAGUUCUCGCCAAAAAAACGAAAUUUCUCGUUCAUCAAAAUAGUUACUUUUUCGAGGCUUAAUUUUAAUUAAAAACCAGACACGAUCUUGUUGGAAUUGCUGCUAUUUUCUUGGCUUACUAGUUACACUAACUAAACUAGUCUAAUCACCCCCCCAAACACUACUAAAGAUGUUCAGCCCCGAAUAUGAGAAACGAAUCCUGAAACACUGCAGUCCCGUGGCCAGGAACCUCUUCGACAAUCUCGAGUCCUCCACCACGCCCACAUCGCUGGACAGGUUCAUUCCCUGCAGAGCCAACAACAACUGGCAGACCAACUUCGCCUCCAUCAACAAGUCGAAUGACAACUCGCCCCAGACGAGCAAGAAGCAGCGGGACUGCGGGGAGACGGCACGCGAUAGCCUCGCCUACUCCUGCCUCCUCAAGAACGAGCUCCUCGGCUCGGCCAUCGACGACGUGAAGACCGCCGGCGAGGAGCGGAACGAGAACGCCUACACCCCGGCCGCCAAGAGGAGUCUCUUCAAGUACCAGUCGCCCACCAAGCAGGACUAUAAUGGCGAGUGCCCCUACUCACUGUCGCCGGUCAGCGCCAAAAGCCAAAAGCUGCUCCGCUCGCCCCGGAAGGCCACGCGCAAGAUCUCCCGGAUACCGUUCAAGGUGCUGGACGCUCCGGAGCUGCAGGACGACUUCUAUCUCAACCUGGUGGACUGGUCCUCGCAGAACGUCCUGGCCGUGGGCCUGGGCAGCUGUGUCUACCUCUGGAGCGCGUGCACGAGUCAGGUUACCCGCCUGUGCGAUCUCAGCCCGGAUGCCAACACUGUGACGUCCGUGUCGUGGAACGAGCGCGGCAACACGGUCGCCGUGGGCACCCACCACGGCUACGUCACCGUCUGGGACGUGGCCGCCAACAAGCAGAUCAACAAGCUGAACGGCCACUCGGCGCGGGUGGGCGCCCUGGCCUGGAACAGCGACAUCCUGUCGAGCGGGUCGCGGGACCGGUGGAUCAUCCAGAGGGACACGAGGACGCCGCAGCUGCAGUCGGAGCGACGUCUGGCCGGGCACAGGCAGGAGGUGUGCGGCCUGAAGUGGUCGCCGGACAAUCAGUAUCUGGCCAGCGGGGGCAACGACAAUCGGCUGUAUGUGUGGAAUCAGCACUCGCUGAGUCCGGUGCAGUCGUACACGGAACACAUGGCGGCGGUGAAGGCGAUCGCCUGGUCGCCACACCACCACGGACUACUCGCCAGCGGCGGGGGAACGGCGGACAGGUGUAUCCGGUUCUGGAACACGUUGACGGGCCAGCCCAUGCAGUGCGUGGACACCGGCUCACAGGUGUGCAAUCUGGCCUGGUCGAAGCACUCCUCGGAGCUGGUCUCCACGCACGGCUACUCGCAGAACCAGAUUCUGGUCUGGAAGUACCCGUCGCUCACCCAGGUGGCCAAGCUGACGGGCCACUCGUACCGCGUCCUCUACCUGGCCCUCAGUCCCGACGGCGAGGCGAUCGUGACCGGGGCCGGGGACGAGACCCUGCGCUUCUGGAACGUGUUCAGCAAGGCGCGGAGUCAGAAGGAGAACAAGUCGGUCCUGAAUCUAUUCGCCAAUAUCAGAUAAUCAGAUAAUCAGGGAUCAGAUGGGAGGACUCGAGCUAUGAAGCACAUAGGUGAAGACUGAGAGCGAGGAGCCAAAGGCCAGGAGAGGAUGGGGAUUCGAGGAGCAAAUACCAAGCAGCUAAACCAACCAAUCAGCCAACCAAGCUAACUACCAAUUAACCGAUCUAACCUACUCGAGAGCGCUAUAUAACCAUUCUCUAUAUAUAUAUAUAUGUGGAUAUUAUAUAUAUUCUUUGUCAAUAUGCUGCGGACGGGAGUCCAUCCUAAGUUUAGUGAAUUCCUUAGUUUACAAUCACCCCUAACGAGCAAUAGUUUAAAAGCUGAAACUAAAACUAAACAAAAUAUUAACCUUAAGAGUGUAUAGAGAUGCGAUGAAUGGCAAGAGAAAAUGAUCAGAAAAAUACUAAAGAAAUCAAGAACUGAGAACUGA